GAUUUCUGUUAAUGGAGAAAGCCCCAAACAUCGGUCAUGGCACACGCUGACAGCAAUAGCUGACGAUAAGCUUUUCCUAUUUGGUGGACUAAGUGCAGAUAAUAUUCCACUGAGUGAUGGCUGGAUUCAUAAUAUUAUAACAAACUGCUGGAAACAACUUAGACAUUUACCUUACACCAGGCCCAGGUUAUGGCACACAGCCUGUUUGGGAAAAGAAAAUGAAAUAAUGGUGUUUGGUGGGAGCAAAGAUAACUUACUUUUCUUGGAUACAGGUCACUGUAAUGAUUUAUUGAUUUUUCAAACACAGCCCUAUUCACUGCUCAGGUCAUGUCUUGACUGCAUUGGGAAAAAUGCUACCAUUUUAAAAAGUCAGAUAUCUUUAUUACCUCCUAAACUUCUGCAGCAAGUUCUCAAAAGAAUAACCUUUUGGACUGCAGCCAAUUACCGAAAAGAGCAACGAGUCCUAAAAGAAGGGACAGAAAACAAGCACCAGUGGGUCAGUAGCCACUGAACGACUCCAGGUGCAGUAUGUCAAAGCGUCUUGAUGAGACCCCACAUCUGACCUUCCCCUCCUGUCACAGGCUCUAUUCAAAGGAUCAAAGCUGAAACAAAUGACUUGCUAAUGUGAAUACAUGAUGUGGGAUAUAUGGAAAUAAGAUGUAACUGAAGAUUUCUCUGUGUAUUUGUAAACCGAUUUACUUGUAACAGACAGACUACGUGUUCUUUCUGGAAAUAAGUACAGCAACAGCAGUUCUUACCUCAGUGUUUACUCUUCUGGAAGGGCAGAAAUUACCCUAAAAUCUUCAGAAAUCCUCUAACACAACUGUAGGUGUAGAUAUAAAAAUACUCACUAACUUCCAUUACUUUGUGGUCACCCAAGUGUCUCCUUAAAUAGCAUCAUCGGAACUUCCCCUCCCUUGUUGAUCAGGGAAGCAUCUUUAGGUAGUCCUGGCUCCACCACCCUCUCAGGACCACAUGGGAGGAGGUCGGUUUGUCUCACAGUCUUUGAAACAUUGGGGUGUGGGACAUUAGUGGCUUUUGAAACAUGGUAAAAUACACAUUGCCCUGGGGAAAAAGUGUUUCUAAAGUAAUGUUUGCAGGUAAUGUGGGGUGAUAAUCUCGUGUUUUUGACUCUCUGAUUCCUCAUUUGAGCUCUACAGAGUUGACGCUCUAGACACCACAAGUCCUGACAGUGACAGCUCCUUGCUGUCAGCAUUGUUUAUUCAGAAACGGGAGACUAUGUUAUGCUCCUCAAAAUGGUACUGUGGCCAUUUUGAGUCAUUUUCCUUCAUCUGCUCAGUCUUGUCCUUCCACUGACAACUUGUUAUGAUUGAUUAUUAAAGGGUUCAGUAUGUGACAUAUUCCCCUCACUGUCACCAUGUAAGUUGUCUCUAAACUUUAAAAUGCUGGGGAAGUUUUGGGUUUGUUUGGUUGGUUUUUUUGUUUUGUUUUGUUUUUUCCUUUUUUUUUUCGAGACAAGGUUAAAAUGCUGGGAAAGUAUAUUUCUGUAUUGUAUAUAAUUUAUAGUGGACAUUGUAGUAUUUCAUCAAACUGUAGAUAUGUUUUAUAUGUGCUGUAUCUUGGAUGUGAAAAGCUUCUAUUUGUGUAUUGGAAUAGUUUAUGUUUACAUUUUAUUUAUUGAACACAGUGUAUAGAAUUAUUGCUUCACAGUCAGUCAGUGUGGACCAGUCAGAGUUCAUUUCAGUGUAGGGCUUGCAACAUGACUCAGGAUGGAAAAUGGCUUGCUGCACAGGCCUGGUGUCCUGAGUUCCAUCCCUGGCACCAACAAAAGGUGGGAGGAAAGAACUAACACCAUGAUGGUUGCUCUCUGACCUCCACACAUGUGUUCAGACAUAUAAUGCAUUUACACACAAUAAUAUCAAAUAAAAAUUAAAAGCUUCACUGAAA